GGCGCUGCGUUGGCUGCGGCCUGGCACCAAAGGGGCGGCCCCGGCGGAAAGCAGACCCAGUGGCCCCGACGAUUAUGGACCCGGCGGAGGCGGUGCUGCAGGAGAAAGCGCUCAAGUUUAUGGCUGCAGUCCCGGCUGGUGGAUAUUGGAGGAAUAAUAAAAAGUGCUCUAUGCCCAGGUCUCUGUGGCUGGGCUGCUCCAGCCUGGCGGACAGCAUGCCUUCUCUGCGAUGCCUGUAUAAUCCAGGGACUGGCGCCCUCACAGCUUUCCAGAAUUCCUCAGAGAGAGAAGACUGUAAUAAUGGCGAACCCCCUAGGAAGAUAAUACCAGAGAAGAAUUCACUUAGACAGACUUACAACAGCUGUGCCAGACUCUGCAUAAACCAAGAAACAGUAUGUCUAGCAAGCACUGCUAUGAAGACUGAAAACUGUGUGACCAAAACAAAACUUGCCAAUGGCACUUCCAGUAUGAUUGUGCCCAAGCAGCGGAAACUCUCAGCAAGCUAUGAGAAAGAAAAGGAACUGUGUGUCAAAUAUUUUGAGCAGUGGUCAGAGUCAGAUCAAGUGGAAUUUGUGGAACAUCUUAUAUCCCAAAUGUGUCAUUACCAACAUGGACAUAUAAACUCCUAUCUGAAGCCUAUGCUGCAGAGAGAUUUCAUCACUGCUCUGCCAGCUCGAGGUUUGGAUCAUAUUGCUGAGAACAUUCUGUCAUACCUGGAUGCUAAAUCAUUAUGUGCUGCUGAACUUGUGUGCAAGGAGUGGUACCGCGUGACAUCAGAUGGCAUGCUGUGGAAGAAGCUCAUCGAGAGAAUGGUCAGGACUGAUUCCCUGUGGAGAGGCCUGGCAGAGCGAAGAGGGUGGGGACAAUACUUAUUCAAAAACAAACCUCCUGAUGGGAAUGCGCCUCCCAACUCUUUCUAUAGAGCACUUUAUCCUAAGAUUAUACAAGAUAUUGAGACAAUAGAAUCCAAUUGGAGAUGCGGACGGCAUAGUUUACAGAGAAUCCACUGCCGAAGUGAAACAAGCAAAGGAGUUUAUUGUUUACAGUAUGAUGACCAGAAAAUUGUAAGCGGCCUUCGAGACAACACAAUCAAGAUCUGGGAUAAAAGCACGUUGGAAUGCAAGCGAAUUCUCACAGGCCACACAGGCUCUGUCCUGUGUCUCCAGUAUGAUGAGAGAGUGAUCAUAACUGGAUCAUCGGAUUCCACAGUCAGAGUGUGGGACGUAAAUACAGGUGAAAUGCUAAACACCUUGAUUCACCAUUGUGAAGCAGUUCUGCACUUGCGUUUCAAUAAUGGCAUGAUGGUGACCUGCUCCAAAGAUCGUUCCAUUGCUGUGUGGGAUAUGGCCUCCCCAACUGACAUUACACUCCGGAGAGUGCUGGUUGGACACCGAGCUGCAGUCAAUGUUGUGGACUUUGAUGAUAAGUACAUCGUUUCGGCAUCUGGGGAUAGAACCAUAAAGGUAUGGAACACAAGUACAUGUGAAUUUGUAAGGACCUUGAAUGGGCACAAACGAGGCAUUGCCUGUUUGCAGUACAGAGACAGGCUGGUGGUGAGUGGCUCAUCUGACAACACGAUCAGAUUAUGGGACAUAGAAUGUGGUGCAUGUUUACGUGUGUUGGAAGGCCACGAGGAAUUGGUGCGUUGUAUUAGAUUUGAUAACAAGAGGAUAGUGAGUGGGGCCUAUGAUGGAAAAAUUAAAGUGUGGGAUCUCAUGGCUGCUUUGGACCCCCGUGCUCCUGCAGGGACUCUCUGUCUGCGGACACUUGUGGAGCAUUCUGGAAGAGUUUUUCGACUCCAGUUUGAUGAAUUCCAAAUUGUCAGUAGUUCACAUGAUGACACAAUCCUCAUCUGGGACUUCCUAAAUGAUCCAGCUGCCCAUGCUGAACCUCCCCGCUCCCCUUCUCGUACAUACACCUACAUCUCCAGAUAAAAAACCCAACACUGACCUCAUACUUGCCCAGGACUCGUUACAAUUGCAGUAUUAAAUGUAUCUGCCAAGACCAGAGUGAGCAACAACAGCAACAAUCAAACUCCUACUCGGAUUCCCCAGACCAGUGAGGAGCAGGGCUUUGAGACUCCUGUUGGGACACAGUUGGUCGGCAGCCGACCAGGACAGUCUGCUCGGCCCAGCCGGCUGCUUCCGUGCUGCUAUCAGAAGAUGUCUUCUAUCUUGUGUGAAUGAUUGGAACUUGUAAGCCUCCCUUCCCACCUCUUCCCCAUCCCUCUGCUCCUGUCUCCCUACCAUUGGGUUCCAGACAAAGAUGACUUAUAAAUAUAUUUAGUGUUUUGCCAGAAUCUCUCUUGCUUUACCAUUAAGCAAAAGAACUACUUUCCCCAUAUGGUCCACUUCUAGAGGACAGGGAUGCGGCUUCCACGCAGACACUGCCUGCUGUCCCUCAUUAACUGCCGGAGUGUCCAGCACCUGGCCAGAGCAGCUCAGUCCACUGCAUGGGAGCAAACAACUGCCUGCACAUCCUCAGGGGGAGAGAGAAGAGAGAGGAGCCCACACUGGAAGACCUGCACCUGCUGCCCCCCCCCCAUGCUGGCUGUUUCUGUCCCUCCUCCCUCUUUCCCCAACAACUGUCUCUUCAACCUAAAGAGGUGUGUGAAGAGACUGUCCUCAGCUAGCAUGAGGUGGAUCACCUAGAGAUGGGACACUGGAAGAGCUAAGUAUGUUGAGUUACAAGUCCAAGCAUGUUUUUGCUGCAAGUGACCCUGUGACAGCAGAUUCGUGAACAUCACGCUCGCUGCUCUUCUCUCUCCUCCCUCUCCCACCCCCACCCCCGCCUGGGGAGGGGCAGGAGUGUCCUGGGCCCAGCAGUGGCUGCAUCUCUUCUGGACUCAGCAGUCUCCUGGAUCCCACAUAGCGUGUGGACAGGAGCUGCUGAUUGCAUUUCCUCCCAUUAACAGCAUUGUGCUUCACCUUCAACCACUGGCAAGGCUUGGCUCACAGAAAGGCUUGGAAUGGCCAGUGCCUGGUGCCCAACACAUUCAGCACCAUAGCCCACAUCUCCGUUUCCUCUUCACAGCCAGUGGGCACCUGGGUACCUGUAACCACCCAGACAGUGAGCACAUUGUUCUAAGAGAUGGCCAGGGAUGGAAGCUGAUUUUCCAUUUAGACCAGUAAAUAUCAGACAUCAGUCUAACCAUCUGAGCCUUGCACUGCAGAUCCUUCCUUCUGCUUCUCCCAACCCUGUGUUUGCAGGAAGGCAAGGCUGCUACAGAGCGGGGAUCAGGGUGAAGUUGGCACACAGGGUUUACUAGUAGGACAAAAGCUGCCUUCUCUUUCCUUCUCUUCCUGGCCUUAUUUUGCUUUCCACCUUCCCCAACCAAUAAACUCAGUGGCAUUCAGUGACUGACAUAAGCAAGUGGACGCCCACAAGGACAGGGCUAACCUGACCGCGUGGAAGCAGCUCAGGACUUCCUUGCUAGUGGACUCCAAGUGCGGAGGCACGUGGGCCAUGCUGGCCUGGGAGCACUUGACCCACGUACCAGCUUGUUCACCUUGAGCACACAGGGCCGGCAGAGGGGGUGGCCUGGCCACACCCUGAGGCCGUGAAACCACAGUACAGCCUCCUGGUUCCAUAGCCAGGCCAUUGUUGCUGAUCCUAGCCAUGCAGUUGAACUGAAGAAAGCUACCUUUUAACCAGCUGCUAUAAAAACAGUAAUGAGUGCUCCUUGCAAGUGACCUGCAGCCAGGCCACCAUCAGUUCAGCAGCAGGAGAGAAGAGUAGGGCACCUUUGCUCUACCCUCUGGUUUGUGAGGUGCCCUCCAUCCAAAUGUACCCAGACUAAAUGUUGCAUGUGGAGAGGCAGAUCACGCAUGUGCAGCUUUCUUUCCCUGCUUUGUUUCAGUCUCGGUAUAAUUCUCUUUCCAACCACACACAUGGUACAGAGAAUGCUUCCUGGCUAGCCACUAUGAAUUCCUUGUCUGUCAUGUUGACUAUCGGUAGUACGUGGAUUGUUGAAAGACUUUGUUGCCAUUGAAGAGAGGGGACUGUCAGGUCAGCAUGAAAAAGGCGUGGGUUUCCAGCUGCUUCAGAAAUUGUCUGAUAGCCAUAACUUUCCUAGCUCUUCAGUUACAUGCUGCUAUUCAAACGUGGGAUUGGGGUAGGGGUAGUUCACUGGUAGAGUACUUGCCCUGGUGUGGGGUGAGGCCUUGGAUUUGGUCCCCAGAGUUGAAGGGGAGUAAAAGUGGAUGCUUUUGAGCUCAGGGCUGGGCCCUGAAUGUGUGGCUCUCCUAGUUCACUUGAGGUUUUCUCAAGUUGUCCUGUCUGCUGCUGAUGGAAAUGGCAAUGAAGUGAAGUGGUCUGAGAAACCUGAAUUGUUCACAUUUCUCAGCUCGGGGGUCAUUUACCAGUUCAUUGUAGAAGAAAUAAUCAGGUAAGUAGAAGUUCAUUUCCAGAGAAGGUAAACCCCACUUACAAUCUCUGCAUGAUUUCAGUGGGAAUGGAUUAUCACUAAUCCCCAACUGGGCCACAAUAAAUGUAAAGUUUGACCUUUUUAAAAAGAAAAGAGAAACAAAGAAAAGUCUCAACACAUUUAAAGGAAUAGUAGAAAGAAAUUGGAAGUGUCCCCACUAUAGGUUAGUCUCUUUUUACUGAAAUCUACUGUUCAGUGUAGGACCUGAAAGACACCUUUCUUAAAGACAAGCUGAAACCCCUGUGUAGGCAAAUGAGCUUGUGCAGCUGCUGAGGACGUGUGUGACCAACCCCUGCGCUCACACUGGUGCUGCCUGGACAGGACCAGCAUGCCUUGCUGCUUCUGUGUGAAUGUCAAUGCUGGUAUCAUUUUCCUCUCUCAAGUGCAGCUUGAAAGUGAAUGUGAAUUAUGGAUGGGAGCCCUUUUACACUUGUCCCUUGGCUAAAUUCUUUCCGAUUUGUCCUAACUUUAGAGACAGACUCUGAAACUCUGUUGACAAGUAAUAAAGUCUGGCCUUCAUAACUUGUUUCAGAACUGAAAAAGACACUGAGGCUCCUAAAUCAUUCUGUAAGAAAAAUCUUUUUUUUUUUUUUUUGUACAAUCUGAAGCUGCAGAGAAGGAAACAUGCACUCGUCUCUCAUCUUCCCUGCUGUCUCCCGAUGCCAUUGGUCUGAACAGCCGUGGUUGAGCUACUCCUCAUCCAGCAUUUGACUGUGUGGAAACAAGGGGCUUGGGUGGGAGUAUAUUGGAAAUAAUUAGGACCGUUUUGUUUCUUCCUAGAAAUUGGGUUAGCUGCCUUGGUAUUAUUGACCUUAUUAGCAUCUUCCUUUUGCCUUAAAUGGUAAUACCUUCCAACCCAGAGGUGGAAGCAAGCCACCCCAAAAUAGUACAGGUUGUGGGCUGGGCUGAAAGCUUGAUUCUGAAGUAUUCCAGGGUACUUGUAGGUAUAAAUGGGAUGCACAGACAACCCAGCACCUGUGACUGUCACAGUCUUUUUAGGGUAUAACUUUAGUCUAUAUUUGACAUCCUCCUAUUUGGGUAAGUUCAGAAGACUUCCAAGUUCACCUGAAGACUAGCAGCGGGGUUCAUCCCUUGUGCCUCACCCACACAGCUAGCAGAGUAGAACCCCUUCUUUUAGCUAGAGUCAACAGAAUCAGUACCAGGAAGACAGCCAUCUUGGGGGAAUAGAGCUUUGCUUAUGGUUAUCUUUAGCCUAAAUUCAUUUAUGAUACCAGAGCUUUAGAGCUGAGGAGAUUUACCAAGGCAGCAUGAUCCUGGCCGCCUGGCUCCAGGAAGAACUUACAGCAUUGAUACCUAGAAACCCCUAUUGCGGGAAGCCCAGUGCCUGUGAUCUGAAGUCUGAGUCAGUGACAUCCCAGAUACGUGCUUCUCAACCAAAACCAGUUGACUGUCUUAGUUCCUGAGAAAGGGAGAGAGACUGUGUGUGUGUGUAAGUGUUACUUCCCUUUCUAAGCCAUUCCCUUGGACACUGAAGGAAAAGAUAACUGAGAGUUUAAGUUUGAACCUCUGGGUACCAAGGCAACUAACACCUUGCCAAAACAGUGAUCCUGAGGGCUCAGGAGACUCACUGGAGGGAUGGAUGUGCAGCGGACUCCAGCUGUGGGGCAGGGCUGGCAACAACCGCUUCCCAGGAGCCCUGGCUGGAUUGGCUCUCUGUUCUUUAGACUCCAUGCUAACUGCUUUGGUUUUGGGGCUAUGUUACAGUGAUGUGUCGUCAAUGUAUCAAUAUGUUCACGACCUAAGAUCAUGGUCAUAGAGUGUGCUUUGUUGUUUUUUUUUUUUUUAA